CCUUGUCUUCACUCUGGUCUUGCAGCUCAUCAUGUGGAAUAACAGCAGUGAACUUAACACCACCUCCACGCUUGAAAGUGCUCCAGCCAUCCAACAGGCCCUGAAAUGGACUUUAGCAGUCAUGCUCACACUGGUGAUUUUCUCUCUGGGCUGCUCGGUGAAGGUGAUGAAGGUAUGGUUCAACUUGAAGCACCCGUGUGGUAUCUUAGUCGGGUUGGUGUGCCAGCUAGUCGUGAUGCCCCUCACCUCGUACCUGCUAGCUCGAACAUUCUCUGUUUCACCAGUGCAGGCCGUCGCCAUCAUUGUCAUCGGAUCUUGUCCUGGAGGAACCAUCUCUAACAUCCUCACGUACUGGCUGGAUGGAGAUAUGGACCUCAGCAUCACCCUGACCAGCGUGUCCACCCUGCUGGGACUGGGCACCAUGCCUCUAAACAUCUAUCUCUAUUCUCGUACAUGGGUGAAUGCAGGAGGGUUGAAGAUCCCUUAUUUGAACAUAGGUCUGGCGUGUAUCAGUCUGAUCGUCCCUGUGAGCUGCGGCGUUUUCGUUAAUUACAAGUGGCCAAAAGUGGCACGAAUAUUACUGAAGGUAGGCUCAGUAUUCGGAGGUUUGGUGAUGUUAGGUGUCGGUAUUGCCAGUGUUUUAUUUUAUAAUGGCCUGUGGAACACCGACACUUCCAUCCUGAUCACCGGCAGUGUGUUUCCUGCGAUCGGCUACACCACAGGCUUCAUCAUCUCCGUUCUGGUGCGCCAGUCCUGGAAACGAGGAAGGACGAUUGCGAUGGAGACCGGAGCGCAGAACAUGCAGAUCUGUGGUACGGUCCUGCAGCUUUUCUUCCCUCCACAUCAGCUGUCACAGGUCAUCACACUUCCUUUGAUGUACAGCUGUUUCCAGCUGCUGGCAGGUCUGCUUCUGGUCAUAGCUUUUCAGAUUUACAAAUGGACAUCAUCCAAAAUGUAUGUCGUGACCUCUGAGGAAAAAGGGCCACCUGAAGAUCCAGGUCCUGGAGGAGAAAUCAACACCGCCUUCGAAAGCAACUCUGAGCAACCUCACGUAUCAGCUUCACCUUUUUAAAAACCUCUCCACGGUGGAGAGACGCGAUUCAGCGAUGUAGCUUGCAUGAACUGUACCAUUUCUCUGUGUGUAUGUGUGUGUUUAAUAUUUGAUCAACACUGUGAAACUUUUCUAGCAUUGACCCAGUUUUCAGCAGGUAUUUGGGUCUGGAUCUUGCAAUGUUCACAAUGACCUCAAUUUUUAAAAUUUUUUCUUUUUUUAAGUAACAUGUUACUUUAGCCUGUAGAUGGUUUAUUAUCUCUCUGUUUUUUAUUUAACUCACACCUGCUGGUGCUAUUAUCAUAUAUUUUAGUAAAAAAUCAUUAAAAAGUAAUGUUCUAAUUGGUUUACAAAAUA